AGGGUUCCUGGGUCGUUGACCCAGUGCUUUCAGUUUUGUUCAUGUUCAGUUUAUUUUGCCACUUCCAUGUUCUCACUUCCUGCUUUUCCUGUGUCAGCUCGUCUCGUGUCAUUAGCCAGAUUAUGUUCAGCUGUGUACUCACCGGUUUCUAAUCACUCAUCAUUCAGCCUGUGUAUUUAUGUUCCUCAGUUCACCCAGUCCAGUGUCGUGUCAUUGAUGUUCGUAUGAUGUUAUUGUUAUGUUGUUCUCGUCGCUGUUAAGUUGUCCUCUGUUCAGUUCCGUCAGGUCAGCCAGUCAGUGUUUCAUUCAUUCAUUCAGUCAGUCGUCCUGCCAGUCAGCCGUUUCCUACUUCCGUUCUGCUUGUUCAUUCCACCGGCAAUAAAUACCAACCUUCACCUACCUACCUGUGAGUCCAGCGUUUGGGUCCUCCUUCUCUCAUCCACGACACUAAUCCUGACAGAAUGACACGACCCCGCGUUGUGGACCCAGCGGACUCGGACCUUUUCGAGCGGCAGGAGGCAGCGCUCUCCAUUUGGACGGAGAAGCUCAAGGGGAAACAGCGGCUCUUCGCGGAGCAAGAGCACAUCUUCGAGGGAACUCGCCUGGCUCUGGGCGGGCCUCGGAGACGCCGCGUUCCCCCACCUGCUGCCUCACCUGCACCGGAGCACUCGCCGCGGAGAGUGGACGUUUCACGCCGCGCUGCGGCCGUUCCCUCUCUCGCGGGUCCGCUCCUCGCUCACACGCCAUCUGCCUCACUCACCGGCUCUUCCACUUCGCCACGGCACAGCGGCUACGCCUCCCACCUCGGCUCAACGGAGGCUACCGCGCCAGAGGCUCAUCUGUUUACCCCGCCCGCUUCCUCUUCCCAGAGAAAGCGGCGUUCACGCCGUCAUAAAACGGACUAUUCCCAGCAACUCCCGGCGGUGAGUCCCAGUGACUGUUUGCCACUUUCCUCAUUUGAUCCGUCACAUAAAGUAAAUAAUAGACUCAUCUCCGAUCCAUGGGGAACUUCCCUUUUAGACGAUGAUGUGGACUGGGAAGACUUUUUCUGCUCUGCUUCCCCAAAGACAGCUCAGUUAAAGACUGUAAAUAGUGGUGGCGGAAGGACCAGACUUAAUCCCGAUAGACAUGUCAAUAUCACUCACCCCGUCAGUAUUUCCACUCCUAUCAGCCAGCCUACACCCACACCUGUGCCAGCUCCCAGGAGGAGGGCAGCUGUGACCCAGCCUACCUCCACACCCGCUCCUGUUUCUCGGGUGGGGGUGACUGGUGUCCAGCCACCUCCCGUGCCUGUCCCAGCGCCUAGGCUGAAGGCAGCUAGAACCCAGCCUGACCUCCCUAGAGUCUCGGAAGAGCUAGCCUCUCCAUCUAGUACUUCACCUCUUCAUCCACCUCCUGACCCAGCCUUUCACGCCCUCGCAUUAUCACUGGUUAAGCUAGCCGAGGUUUCUCCUGCUCAGGCACCAGCUUUACUAGCCCAGGCUAUAGCUUUAUCUCCCUCAUUAGCACAGUCUAUAGCUCAACCACCAGCCACAUCAACCACAGCUCCGUCAUCAGCCUCACCCACCUCUAUUCAUCCCUUAGCAUCCCCACUCCAGUCAGCUCCCUCUCCUGCUGUUCAGCCCCCGGUCCAGCCAGUUUACUCCCCUGCAGCUCAGUCACCUGCUCUUGUCCAGUCACCUGCAGCUCAGGCUGCUCCUGUCCAGUCACCUGCAGCUCAGGCUGCUCCUGUCCAGUCACCUGCAGCUCAGGCUGCUCCUGUCCAGUCACCUGCAGCUCAGUCUCCUCCCGUUCUCCAGUCACCUGUAGCUCAGUCUCCUCCCGUUCUCCAGUCUCCUGUAGUUCAGUCUGCUCCCGUCCUCCAGUCUCCCGUAGUUCAGUCUGCUCCCGUCCUCCAGUCUCCCGUAGUUCAGUCUGCUCCCGUCCUCCAGGCCCCCGUAGCUCAGUCUCCUGUCCUCCAGUCUUGUCCUCUCCAGCCUGUCCAGUCUGUCAUCCAGUCUUGUCCUCUCCAGCCUGUCCAGUCUGUCAUCCAGUCUUGUCCUCUCCAGCCUGUCCAGUCUGUCAUCCAGUCGCCCGUCCUCCAGUCGGUUCAGUCACCCGUUCUCUCACCUUCUGUAGUCCAGUCACUCAUUCACCAUCCAUUUCAGUUCCCGGACCCGAAGCCACAGCAUCCAGAGCCAGCUGUGAGCUCUCCUGCUCCUCAGCCAGGGGUUUCCGCACCCGCUGGCCCAGCCUGUCUCCAGCCAGAGGCCUCCGCGCCUCCUGGCCCAGCCUGUCUCCAGCCAGAGGCCUCCGCGCCUCCUGGCCCAGCCUGUCUCCAGCCAGAGGCCUCCGCGCCUCCUGGCCCAGCCUGUCUCCAGCCAGAGGCCUCCGCGCCUCCUGGCCCGGCCUCGGCCUCACCUUCUGCCUCGCCUGGCCCGGCCUCGGCCUCACCUUCUGCCUCGCCUGGCCGGCCUCGGCCUCACCUUCUGCCUCGCCUGGCCCGGCCUCGGCCUCAGCUUCAUCUGCUCCAUCACCGCCGGCUCCCAUGCAGUCGCCUGGCACAGCCUUGGCCUCGGCUUCUGCUCCGCCUGGUCCAGACUCAGCUUCGCCUGGUCCUGCGGCUGCCACGCCGCCGCCCGAGCCUGCACCUCGGAAUCGCUGGCCACUUUCCAGGCCAACAGCUGGACGUCAUCGCCAGCGUGGUCGACCACCGGACCUCCUCCUCAGUGGCCGCCGCCGCCUUCCUCGCGGCCGCCCACCGGACCUCCUCCUCAGUGGCCGCCGCCGCCGCCUUCCUCGCGGCCGCCCACCGGAUCACCUCCUCAGUGGCCGCCGCCGCCUUCCUCGCGGCCGCCACCGGACCGACUUCAGCGUCGCCGCCUUCCUCGCGGCCGCCACCUGAACUGUCCGGGCUCAGCCACUGGCCACGUGGCCGCCCACCUGAACUGUUUUUGUUGUGGACUCCGUCCCUCCGUCCUGGGCCCCUCCGCCCACCCUGUUCUGGUUUUUCUUUCUUUUGGCCGUCGGGUGCCGGCCUUUGA